AUGCCGUUUCUAACGGAUGAAGAUCGCUUGCCGCUGCAAGUGUACUCCCGGGAGUGGGAUUUUGACACAGGAGGAAAGGACCAUAUGUAUGAGCGAAUCGCUGCAUCUCUGCAUAUCGACCGGGCUAAAAUACAAGACGUCUACCCAUGUACCCCUAUGCAAGAGGCUUUGAUAAGCUUAUCAACUGCCGGUUCUGGAGCCUAUAUCAAACAGAUUGUCUUGUCUUUGGCCAGCGACAUAGAUAUGAACAGAUUUCGUUCUGCCAUUGAAGAUAUGGCCGAGACAACAGCUCUUUUGCGAACUUGGAUAGUUCAAUGCGAUGGCGCGGGGUUUGUUCAGGCAGUUCUUCAAGGCCCAAUCCAGUGGGAUCAUGCAAAUUCUCUUGAACGUCACUUGGAGGAAGCUAUGACAGGAAAAUGGGGUAUUGGUGAACGCUUGGUCCGUUAUACGAUUGUCAACAAUGAAAACACACCGAGAUGGUUUGUGUGGUCCAUUCAUCAUGCGUUAUACGAUGGUUGGUCGUUCCAUGCCAUGGUUGAAAUGGUUACAAACAUGUAUAAUGGCUGCAGUAUCGGGAAAGUGCCCCAAUAUAAGGACUUUGUCAGACAUCUUUUGAUGAAGAAUUCGAAGGCGGAUAAGGCAUAUUGGAAGUCGGCGCUUGCAGGUGCCCAGGAUAAAAAUUUUCCGCGGCUUCCGACCAUUUUCUAUAUGCCAGUUGUUGAUGCUAUGAUGGAGCAGCGUUGCCCUCCACUACCCAAAAUAACCGGUGUUAGUAGAACCGCACAGCUGCAAGCCGCAUGGGCAAUUGUCCAGAGCCGUUUCCAGGACUUUAAUAGUCCCGUCUUUGGAACAAUUGUAUCUGGCAGAGACGAACCCAUGUCAGGGGUAAAAGAAUUAAUUGGGCCUACCAUUGCCAUAGUCCCAGUGAGAGUCGAUGUGAACAUUCAUGGCAACGAACUUGUUGGGGCAUACCUGACAAGAGUUCAGGCACAAAUAGCAAAGAGGAAACCUGUCGACCACCUAGGCUUACAAAAUAUUUCACGGGUAAGCCAUGAUGCCAAGCAGGCAUGUGGCUUCCAGACAUUGUUAGUUGUGCAGCCAGGAGAGGAAAGCCAUGUGGUGACCAAUGCUCUAGGGGUAUGGAGGCGAGUUGACAAAGAUGUGGGCCGGUCUUCCUAUGCCCUGACUAUUCAGUGUUUCCUUAACAGGGAAGAGAUUAAGAUGACGGCCGCAUUUGACGCCUCAAUCUUAGAGACAUGGCUAGUAAAAAGAAUGCUCGCAUACUUUAGCUUUGUGACGCAGGAGCUCGCAAGGGCAGACGAGUCUCACACACUGGCACAAAUAGUUGAAAAAGCACCUCCGGGGGACAUCAACGAUAUCUGGAACUGGAACGCGAACAUACCAACAUCUACAAAGGAAUGUGUACAUAACUUGGUCUCGGAGGUGGUGGAACGGCAGCCACAGGAAUUGGCCGUAUGCGCAUGGGAUGGCACUUUAACUUACAGACAGCUCGAUGAGUUGGCAACCCAGUUAGCAUGUCGCCUCAUCAGGCAGCUCGGGACAGAACUCAAGGGACUAGUUGUUCCUCUUUGCUUCGAAAAAUCUGUCUGGAUGCCGGUGGCAAUGUUAGGGGUCAUGAAAGCAGGUGGGGCAUCCGUCGCUCUGGAUACUACACUGCCCAUGGGGCGGUUGAAGAGUAUAGUCUCUGGUUUGACCGGCCUUAAGCUGAUCGUAGCGUCGCGAGAAAGCAUAAAGGUGGCAGAAGGACUCGGAGGAAGCGAAACGAUGGUGGUUAUCGCUGAUGAACACCAAGCGCUAAAUUUAGGUUUUAGCGCAAGCGCCAAGCCUCACUUAUUACCAAGCACAGACCCUUCCGAUGUGCUUAUGGUGUUAUUUACCUCCGGCAGCACCGGUUCGCCCAAAGGCACGAUCAUCACACAUUCGUCAUUCGCAACCGCAAUCAGCCACCAUGGGAAAGUUUUUGGGAUCGGUCCCGGUGAGAGAGUCUAUGAUUUCGCGUCGUAUAGUUUUGAUAUCGCCUGGUUCAACGCAUUGCAAUCUCUGUCUCAUGGAGCAUGUCUAUGCAUCCCAUCCGAACACGAAAGGAAAAACGACCUCGAAGGCUCGAUAUUGAGGUUCAAUGCGACCAUUAUUUUUAUAACACCAUCUGUCGCCCGACUAUUGAAGGUGCAUAACCUCCCUUGCAUCAGAUGUAUCGCCCUCGGAGGGGAACCUCAAAAAUGGAGCGAUUUCCAGAGUUGGCCAGCUCACGUCAGAAAACUGAGUGUAUAUGGACCAGCCGAGUGCACAGUGGUAUCUGCAGCAAUGGAUGCGGAAAUUCUGCGAAGAGGUGACAUGGUCAUUGGCCAUGGAUUAGCUUGUGCUAACUGGAUACUUACCAAUACACCUUCCCCCACUCUCGCACCAAUUGGCACAGUGGGUGAGCUUUGGUUGGAGGGACCGCUUGUAGGGCAAGGAUAUAUCAAUGAUGAUUCUCGAACGGCGCGUUCUUUCAUUAAAAACCCCGAUUGGCUGCUCCAUGGUGAUGGAACGAGGCACCCAGGCAGACACGGCCGCCUAUAUAGGACCGGAGACCUCGUUCGAUACAAUGCUGAUGGAACCCUCCUCUUUGUAGGACGCAAAGAUACACAAGUUAAGAUUCGUGGGCAACGUGUAGAGCUUGGUGAGGUGGAGUACCAUAUACGUCGGGCGUUGGAUAACAACUACCCCAGUGCAUCUAGAAGCGUUGUGAUCGCGGAAACGAUCAGGCCAGAGGGCACUGAUAACUCAACUCUUGUAGCCUUUUUAUGUGCAGAAGGCCCUGAAUCGAAGACUGGAGAAUUCUCUUCAGACUGCUCAGUCCCUGAAGGUGAAACUCAAGAUCUUGUGGCAAGACUGGGUGAGAAUCUUUCGGAAAUAGUGCCUCCAUACAUGAUUCCAAAUGCAUUUAUACCGUUGACUCAUAUUCCAACGACCAGCAAUGGAAAGAUAGAUCGACGAAAACUACGGGAAAUUGGACAAAUGGUAUACCAAGAACAUUUGUUUAUCCAGGGACAACAUGGAAUAACUCCACCCUGCAAUGAUGUUGAGAAAACCCUGCUUGAGAUUUGGGCUGAAGUUCUAAACUUGAGCACAGCUACCCUAUCCACUACCAUGUCAUUCACCCGGAUAGGUGGUGAUUCUAUCACCGCUAUGCAGGUCGUUUCCAGGUGUCGAGCCAACAAUCUCUCCGUGACAGUAAGAGAAAUUCUCCGCGGUCAAACAAUUCAAAAUGUUGCUGCUAUGUGUACAUCCGCGCUUCCAAACCUUCCCUUGCUUGAAGAGAGGGAAUCUGGGGAUAUUUCAUGGGAUCCAUCCCCAAUCCAGCGGAUGUUUUUCGAGUUUUAUCCAGACGGGCUCAAUCAUUUCAAUCAAGGAUUCCUCUUAAAGUUAAAACAGCCAUUAUCAGGCUAUACCAUUCAGUGGGCUAUGGAAAAGCUAAUGGAGCGUCAUCCCAUGCUUCAAGCUCGUUUUCAAAAGAAUGCAGCUAGUGAAUGGGAACAAUUUAUAUCCAAUGAUAUGUUCCAGGUUGCAUUCCAGGAGCAUUAUAUAUCCCUGCAAGAAGAUAUUCGCGGUAUUAUACACCGCCGACAGGCAUCAUUGGAUAUAUUGAAUGGCCCUGUAUUUGCUGCAGAUCUUUUUAACCUGGAAGACGAAUCCCAACGCCUAUUUCUCGUUGCCCAUCAUCUUGUUGUGGAUCUUGUUUCCUGGCGCAUCAUUUGGCAUGAACUCGAGCUCUUAGUUAGAAAGGAAACAUUGCUUUCCCUUCCGACCACCUCUUUCAAAACAUGGUGUAGGCUGCAGAAAGCCGAAAGCCAGGCAUUAUCCCUUAACGAAGCUCUUCCAAUUUCAAUUAAACCACCUAAUUUGGAAUAUUGGGGCAUCUCUUUUAAGGAAAAUUUGCAAGGCGGAAGUAUACAAUAUACACGGACUCUUGACAUAGAAGUUACCAAAAGAUUACUGGGGACGAGUAAUUCUGCAUUUAAGACCGACUGUACGGAUAUACUUAUUGGUGUUCUAGCUAACUCCUUUCAAAAGAUCUUCUCGGACCGUGACCCACCAUCAAUAUUUCUUGAAGGUCACGGUAGAGAGCCUUUGGAUGGCUUUGAAAUUGAUCUUUCAGAAACUGUGGGGUGGUUUACAACCUUGCAUCCCAUCCAUAUCCCGAUCCAUGCAGGAGAGAGCACUAUUACCUCUAUAAAGAGCGCAAAGGAUAUUCGACGGAAAGUUCCAGGCAAAGGCCGUCCGUACUUUUCAUGCCGUUAUGACACCAUUCAAGGCCGAACGGCAUGGAAAAGUCAUAGCUUCCCUGAGUUGACUCUCAACUUCACUGGCGUGUAUCAGCAGCUAGAGCGCCCCGGCGGAAUUUUCCAGAUUGAUAAUGAGACUCAUACAGCCGCAAGGUCACUCAGCACAUCAUCUAACGCCCAGCGUUUUGGAUAUAUCGAAGUGAUUGUUAAUGUCACCAAUGGAUGCAUGAAUAUAUCCUUCCAUGUUCACCAGAAAAUGCAACAUCAGGCCAGGCUUGAGGAAUGGAUACACCUAUUCGCGCAAGAACUACAAUCAUCUGCCUACAGUUUGGCAUCUAUGCAAGCAUAUUUUACCCCUGGCGACUUUCCAUUACUGAAAAUGUCAUACGAUGAACUAGAUUCCUUGUUCAUAAAUGACCUUAGCGGUAUGGGCGUGAGCCCUGACGUAGUGAAGGACAUAUAUCCUUGCAGCCCACUCCAAGAGGGUAUUCUAAUGGCCAUUCAAAAAGGGGCUGCUACAUAUGCUACCUUUUUCAUUUGGAAAUGUGAGGCUGGUUCUGGUGAAGAAAUAUCGUCAGUAAGUCUUGGUAUGGCAUGGAGGGCCGUUGUAGCCCGCCAUACGGUUCUUUCCACGAUAUUUGUACAAAAUUCGUACCGGGGUGAUUUUGUCCAAAUACAGCUGCAUACAAGGCCAUCCAAAGUGGUAUACAUAAAUUCGCAGGAAAAAUGUCCAAUGGAUUUAUUGAAGGAGCACAGACCAUCCCACUUUGCUAUAGGAGAGCCGGCACACAUAUUCACAGUAUGCCAUUCAUCAAGUGGAGACGUCGCUUGCCGACUUGAUAUAAGCCAUACCCUAAUCGAUGCCGCGUCGAUUUCUAUAAUAGCUCAUGAUAUUAUGAGAUCAUACGAGCAUGCUACGUUUCCCCAAGCCGCUCAGUUCCAUGAGCUCAUUAAACAUUUAUCUGUCAGUCCUAAAUCAAAAGAUGUGGCAUACUGGGUAAAAUUCUUGCGUGGAGUAAAGAGAUGCGAGUUUCCGACCAGACACACCCCAUCUGACUCCCAGAAGCUUCCCGAAGGUGAUUAUGGCCGAAUUUUAAUUCCAUCAACUAGCACAACCCAGCUUCAUGCAUAUUGCCAAAGCCAAGGGAUAACCCGGUCUGUGUUCCUUCAAGUAGCUUGGGCCUUGGUUCUCUCGUAUUAUACUGGCUGCCGAGAUGUUUGCUUUGGAUAUAUGGCAUCAUGCCGUGACGUACCAAUUAACGGUAUAGAAAACAUGGUUGGACCGCUUAUUAACCUGCUGAUAAGUCGUAUCAGCCUUGACGGCGUCAGGGAAGACGUAUUUUCGACCACAGCUCAGCAGUCAAUCCAACAUCUUUCUUUUCAAAACGCCUCCUUUGCGGAAAUACAACAUGAACUGGGAAUUUCAUCCCAACGGCUCUUCAACACCGCAAUAACCUUACGUGAAAGUCGCAAAUAUGAGAGAUACACAGAAGGCAGGUUCUAUCUGAGAGAGAUUGAAACUGAAGAUCCAGAUGAAUUUGACUUGACCCUUACCGCGGAACUUGACGGGAGCGAUACUGCGAUAAAAGUCAACUACAGGAAGUCUGCAAUGGGCGAUUCAGUAGCUCGGGAACUUUCUAUUGUGGUAUGCAACGCAAUUGCAUUUCUCCUUGAUUACCCAUUAGAUACGAAAUAUAGCGGCGAUAUAUCUCACUCUCAAUGCAACGCCGGAAACGAACGGACUUUGUACGAUGCAUUCUUUUUUUACAUGACAGGUGUCUGCGAAUAUGAGUGUAUAGCAUUUUGGAAAGAUCGGUUUACUGGUUGCGCUGCCCCUCAGUUUCCUCGACUUCCUUUUGGUACAUACAUUCCCAAAUCCAGAAGCAUCCUGAAUCAUGAAAUUCGACACCCUAUACCUGAUCUACGUCCGCCUCAGUUACUAGCCACCAUUCAAACAGCAUGGGCAGUACUGAUCGGGACUUAUACCAACUCAAAUGACAUUGUUUUUGGGGCAUUGUCGGUGGAUUCAUGGCCCGGCCUCGGACAAAAUUUCAACGGAGGUUCUCCGCUAUCCAUAAAGCAAACGGUGAUUCCUAUAAGAAUAACACUCAAUUGGGAUGGUCACAUUGAUGAAACUGUGAAGGAUGUCGAACGCAAAGUCACUUCUGCACUCCACCUUGGCAAAAUACAUAUGUGGUUUAUUGAACGACUGAGCGAUGAGACCAAACGGGCAUGCCAGUUUCAAACAGUGCUGGCUAUAAAUCCUCCAAAUACAGGGCGUCCAAAAUCAAACGUUUCCUCCCAGUUCUCUUCGACCGUACCCAGUUCUGGAAAGCAAGAGCCAGUGUUUGAGGUUGAAUCGACCCACGGUAGUAAAAUGUAUGACUACGCGCUAGUGGUAGAAUGCCAUACCACAGGUCACGGCAUAGAACUAUGCUUACUAUUUGACCCAACCGUUCUUGAAAAAUCCCAGGUUACCCGAAUAGCAUAUCAAAUGGAACAUAUUCUGCUGCAACUUCUCGAACGCAACUCCACUAUAUCUUUACGCAAUAUCAAUACUAUUAACGAAUACGAUCUAUGUGAUAUAUGGAGCCGCAAUUCGAUUAUUCCCACAUCUUCUCAAGAUACCUGUGUCCACAAAUUGUUUAUUGCAGUCGCCCAAAAAUUCCCCAGUGCGCUUGCUGUCUGUGCAUGGGACGGUGAAAUUACCUAUAAACAACUAGAUGACCAAUCAACAGGUUUGGCUUAUCGUUUGGUUGAACUCGGGCUGAAGAUGGGAGAUAUUGUGUCUCUGUGCCUAGAAAAAUCGAUUUGGACUCCUGUUGCUAUGCUCGGUGUUAUGAAAGCCGGCGGUGUAUCCGUGAACAUGGAUGUUACACAGCCGGAAGAGCGGCUGCAAGCAAUUGUCAGUCAGGCAAACCCACGUUUUAUUGUAUCUUCGAUUCGCAACGUAGCUCUGGCCACCAGGCUUUGCCAAUGCCCUAUCAUCCAAAUUGGGGAUGAGCUACCACGAUGCCCCAUUCCUUAUCAUCCAUUACCAUCAGUCGGGCCAGCGCAUAAUCUAUACAUAGUGUUCACUUCCGGAACCACCGGAGUGCCCAAGGGGGUGAUCAUCUCGCACGGGAAUUUCUGCAGCGCUAUCAAACACCAAAAAGCUCUGGGAUUUACAUGUACAUCACGUGUCUAUGAUUUUGCUUCCUACGCUUUUGAUGUUUCGUGGUCCAAUGCAUUACAUACACUUACAGCUGGCGGUUGCUUGUGUAUUCCUUCAGAAGAGGAUCGCAAGCAAAACCUUUCAGGGUCAAUCCGAGCUUUUAAGGCCAACUAUGUUGAUCUAACGCCUACAGUCGCUCAGCUUCUGGAUCCUGCUGAUAUUCCCUCACUUACUACACUCAACCUUGGUGGGGAAGCAUUGUUGCCUGGAACCUUUGACAAUUGGCCUCCUCAUAUACGGAUAAUCAAUGCAUAUGGGCCAGCAGAAUGUACGGUAGUAAGUACGUAUACGGAAGUUAGCGCUGGUAAACAGGACCAUGGAAUAGGUUUUGCGCUAGGCACUGUUACAUGGGUCGUUUCGCUUGAUGGCUCUGAACUUGCUGCAGUUGGAGCUGAAGGUGAGCUUUGGAUUGAAGGACCGCUAGUUGGGCAAGGGUACCUUAACAAUCCAUCACAAACCAUGUCUUGCUUUAUACAAGACCCCCCAUGGCUUCUGCGAGGCUGUCUUGGGCACCCUGGUCGUCAGGGCCGACUAUACAAGACCGGAGACCUUGUGUGCUACAACAUUGACGGCUCACUCACUUUCCUAGGCCGCAAAGAUACCCAGGUUAAAAUACAUGGUCAACGUGUUGAGUUAGGUGAUAUAGAACAUUGUGUUGUUAAGGCUCUAAGCCCGGAUUUCAGCUCAUUAGGCGGUGUGGUAGUUGCUGAAACUAUCAGGACACAAGGCAGCGACUCUCCCACUCUAAUAGCCUUUGUUAGUCCUGGUCCAAGCAUGCCCGUUUCGGUUACUCAGAAAGCAUUGGCAGAUAUAGAUACAAAGCUUGUAGAAGCUGUACCGUCACAUAUGAUUCCAAGUGCCUUUAUAACUCUGGCAGAUAUGCCAAGGACAGCCACCGGGAAGGUUAACCGUCGUCUGUUGCGUGAUGAAUAUUCCUUACUCACCUGGGACCGUAUAAUCGCACUCGGUUCAAAAAGUCAGCAGCGAGGGUACCCCCAACCGAGCACCUCACAGGAGCGGCAAAUGCAAUCUCUAUGGGCUAGCCUACUUCACCUUGACACCUAUGACAUUGGUGUGAACGACAAUUUCUUCCAGCUCGGUGGUGAUUCAAUCCACGCCAUGAAGCUUGUGGGCCUUGCACGCCAGCAUGAUCUAUCUUUAACGGUAGCGGAUAUUUUCAUGAACCCAAGGCUAGGUGAUCUUGCAGGGAUACUCAAAGCCGACAACAGUAGUAUGAAGAAAACCAUCGCCCCAUUUUCCUUACUACAGCCGGGUAUAAAUAUCCAGGAGACGGUGCAAAAGGCAACUUCUAUGUGUCAAACUACUCCUGGAGAUAUUGAAGACAUUUUUGCUUGUACUCCCCUACAGGAAGGUCUUCUAGCCAUCACUGCGCAGCGACCAAUGGAUUAUAUUGCGCAGUUCACAUAUACCCUCCCAUCGAACAUUAAGGUCGAGUCCUUCACCGAAGCAUGGGCACAAGUAAUUUCUGCCUCACCUAUACUCCGAACCCGUAUUGUCGAGUUACCAGCGGUUGGGCUUUCCCAAGUAAUAUUGAGAAGUCGGCCAUCAUGGUUUUAUGCUUCAGAUCUCAAAUUAUACCUAGAAGUAGACGGCCAACAAUCAAUGAAGCUUGGAGAGCCUCUCUCAAGAUUCUGUCUUAUCCGAGAACUGGGCUCGACACACUUUGUUUGGACUAUUCAUCAUGCGCUAUAUGAUGGUUGGACGAUACCAUUACUUCUUAAUUCUGUGGACCAAGCAUAUCAUGGCAGGUCUAUCACACCGUGGACUCCGUUCCCAGUGUUUGUACAUUUCAUCAACCAUGUUGACCAGGAAGCAAGAUCAAAUUUCUGGCAACAACAAUUUUCUGGCUUAAAAGCUGUGCAAUUCCCCCCUUUACCAUCCCCCGACUUUCUGCCUAGCCCAGACCACGUCAUAGACUACAAAAUCGCAGGAAUUGGGUGGAGCGGAAAGAGCUUCACUCCAUCAACAAUGAUUCGCGCAGUGUGGGCGAUUCUGAUAGCUCAAUAUACCAAUGUUCAGGAAGCACUCUUUGGGGCUGUUGUUUCAGGCCGGCAGGCAGCCGUUAGAGAUGUUGAGCAUAUUAUGGGUCCAACUAUUGCAACAGUUCCAGUGCGCAUAGGGAUCAAUUGGGGCGCCCCCCUCCAAAAUCUUCUAUCAACAAUACAGAAACAAGCGACAGAAAUGAUUUCAUUUGAGCAGACAGGUCUCCAGAAUAUUCAACACAUCAGUGACGGUGCAAAGCGUGGAUGCCAAUUCCAAUCACUCUUAUUAGUUAAAACGGAUACUGAAAACAGAAAGACCUCUGAGUCAUCCCUCUUUUCCCAAAGACUCAGCUCGAAAGAUACUGUUGACACUUUUUCCACAUAUUCCUUGAUGCUUGAAUGCCAGGUCAUAGAUCAAAGCCUAGUUCUACAUUGGACGUUUGACUCGAGUAUAAUUCAGUAUCGGACUGUGAAGCGACUGAUCCAGCAGUUUGAAUACUUGCUCAGACAAGUAAGCCGUCAGGAUAGCGGCUCAUCUCUAGUUUCAAGCUUGGAAACAAUCACAGGUCACGAUUUACAGGACAUUUGGGAAUGGAAUAAGAUACCCCCUGCUCUGGUCAAUGGAUCACUGGCCACUGAACCACCGCCUAAAUACUACCGAAAAUACUAUAAAGAGUAUUGGUGUAUCAGCCCAGAUACUCCUAAGGUUUACUGGAUUAUUGAUAUAAACAAGAACGAACUUGCGGCCAUUGGGGCUGUUGGAGAACUUUGGCUAGAAGUUCCUCCUGCAAAUGAAACAUUAAUGACUCCGGAAAGGAAUGCUGACGCGGAGUUUUUGGAUGACCCUGUCUGGUUACUCCGCGGAGCCAGCGUUGAUCUACCUGGACGCAGAGGUCGAAUUUACAGAACUAGAGAUUUGGUGAGGUAUAAUGAGGAUGGCUCGCUGUCUUUCCUGGGAAGAAGAGAGAUCCAGGUAGACCAACAAGAUAUGCUUAUUCCACCGUCUAAUUCGUGGGAUGAGCUCAUCUCGGUCCCGCAAAAAAGGGGAACUCCACAAACUCAUUUGCAAAAACAACUUCAAUCGUUAUGGUCAAGGAUCCUUAAUAUUCCAAUGGAUGCCAUUUCCCUAGAUGAUCAUUUUAUGCGCCUUGGUGGUGAUUCUGUGAAGGCAAUGAGACUCGCUGCUAUUGCUCAGAGUGAAGGAAUUUCUCUAUCAGUCGCCAACAUAUUACGACAUCCUACUCUUGGUGGGCUUUCAGAGACAAUUCAGGCCUCCGUCUUCCCAGAUAACCAGUUAGUACGCCCGUUCUCACUUCUUGGUGACAUGGAGAAAAACAGCAUUCUUCAGAAAGUGAAAACUCUAUUGAAAACCGAGAAAAUUCACGAUAUUUUUCCCUGUACUCCCCUCCAGCAAGGUUUACUGGCGUUGGCAGUCAAGCAUGACGGCGCCUGCAUUGCACGUUACGCCUAUGAAUUACAAAAUAAUGUCGAUAUUUGCAAUUUUACUCGAUCAUGGGACAAGGUAGUGGAAAUGCUGCCAAUUCUACGAACGCGUUUCGUAAGUCUGCCAUCAAAAGGAGUUUUCCAAGUCAUAACCGACCAUCGCAAUACUUGGGUUUCUGGAUCCAAUAUUCUCACAUAUAUACAAGAGGACAAGGCCCGAAGCAUGGCUUUCGGUGAACCUCUUUCUAGAACAGGAUUAGUUCAAGAUCGUAGAUCUGGCAAGAAUUUUUUCGUGUGGACCAUUCACCAUGCUAUAUAUGACGGUUGGUCUAUAUCGCUCAUCUUGGACCAUCUUCAAGCAGUCUAUAAGGCCAGGUCCGCUGAAGGAUACCAUACCCGCCUAAAUGAGCCACCCGUCCAUUUUCAGGCCUUUAUAAAAUACGUCACCGAGCUCGACCAUGAAUAUGCAGACAGAUUUUGGGCCGAACAGUUUGAUGGGUUGGAGGCAUUACCAUUUCCAACGUUAUCCUCCCCUGCAUACUGCCCAUCUGCAGAUAAGCAGGUCAAAUUUCGGGUUCACUUGCCAUGGACAAAUACCAAUUUUACGGCACCAACAAUCAUCCAAGCCGCAUGGUCCAUCAUAUCCGCAACGUAUUGUGGCAUUAAUGAUACUAUCACGGGACUGUUGGUGUCUGGUCGCCAAGCAGCUGUCUCACAGAUUGAUAAAAUCGUGGCCCCUACGAUAGCAACAGUGCCAAUGCGUAUUGUUGUGGACUGGAACUUCCCACUGCGUGACUUACUUCAAAAGGUUCAGCGCUGGGCUGCUGAUAUCAUCGCCUUCGAGCAAACCGGCCUACAGCAUAUCAAGCAAAUAAACGAAGACACACGAAGGGCCUGCCAGUUUCAAACUAUACUAGUGAUCCAGCCUAAAGACAUGGAGCAUAACAAGAAUAGCUUGUUCUCAUGGGACGGGAAAGAAACUGAAUACCCGGCUGAGGCGGUUGUGAACUUCAGCGAAUAUGUGCUUACCCUCGAGUGUCAAUUGGAACAACAAGGAAUGCACGUUCUCGCUAACUUUGACUCUGCUGUAAUAGACGAGGUUCAAAUGACACGAAUUCUCCGACAGUUUGAGCAUAUAAUUAGGCAGAUGUUGUCCAUUGACAUGCAGUCGAAACAGUUGAAGCAGAUACAUAUGUUAAAUGCAUAUGACUCAUCAGAUAUCUGGAAAUGGAAUUCUAAUUUCUCUUCCCCAUCUGAGAGCUGUCUUCAUGAUCUCGUUGUCGAGGUUUCCAGUGACCAACCAGAAGCCCUAGCCGUUAACUCGUGGGAUGGAGAGUUAACAUACAAGCAGCUCAAUGACUUUUCCACGGAGCUAGCAUCUUUUCUAUGCGAGCAGGGUGUUGGAGCAGAAGUUUUGGUCCCUAUCUGCCUUGAAAAGUCCAUGUGGAUGGCUGUAGCGAUACUGGCGGUACUCAAGUCCGGCGGCGCCUUUGUUCCGAUUGAUAUAUUCCAAGCUCCAGAUCGCGCAAAGCUAAUUAUGGACGAAAUACAGCCUAUAGUUGUUGUGACAUCUAGAAAAUAUGGAGAUUUCGUACAAAAAUGCGGGUACAGUACCAUAUACGCAGCAGAUCUACAUACCCAGACCGGAAUUCACAUCGAUAACCACAUACCUUGUUGUAGUCUGAAGUCUGCCGCAUACGUUAUAUUUACCUCUGGAACCACGGGAAAGCCCAAGGGGGUAGUGGUUGAACAUCAAGCAGCGAGUACGAGUAUUCUGGCCCAUGGAAUGAAGUUGGGAUUUUGCAGGCAAUCAAGAGUUCUUCAGUUUGCAUCUCACUCUUUUGAUGCUAGCAUCAUGGAGUUUUUGACAACACUCGUCUAUGGAGGGUGUGUCUGUAUACCCUCUGACGAGUCAAGGCUGCUUAACCUAACAGAAAACAUCAACUCAAUGGGGAUAAACACGCUGUUCCUCACACCGUCUGUGGCCCAAAUAUUACAGCCAAGAACCCUUCCAUCACUGCAGACUUUAAUUAUUGGGGGGGAGACCGUUCCCACCAGCGUCGUGGAGAAAUGGAAAAAUGUUCCUAAGCUUAUUAACGGAUAUGGGCCAACUGAAUGUGUCGUUUUUUGCGUCAUGCAUGACCUUAAAGCAAAGCAGGUAUCACCACAGACCAUUGGGAAGGCAGUGGGAUCUCUAUCAUGGGUGGUUGAUCCGGAGAACCAUCACGAACUUGUACCUGUAGGUGCAGUUGGUGAGUUGCUAGUUGAAGGAAGUAUACUUUCACGUGGAUACCUAAAUGAUCCCACUCUAACAGCCAUCUCAUUCAUUGAGAACCCGUCUUGGCUAUUGCAAGGCCAUGGUGAGUAUCCUGGUCGCCGUGGAAGACUUUACAAGACUGGGGAUCUUGUGAAAUAUAAUCCGGACGGUACACUCCGUUAUAUUGGACGAGUAGACACCCAGGUAAAAAUUCGAGGUCAAAGGGUUGAGUUGGGAGAAGUAGAGUCAUGUGUACGAAGGAUUUGGUGCAACACCUCUCUGGAAAAUGGAGGCAAUCUACAACAAGAUGCUCUCAUUGUUGCAGAGAUCAUUACACCCCAAUGCAGCAGCCAGCAAGCCCUAGUGGCCUUCAUAUAUCCUGGAAAAUUGCAUAGCCAGUCUCGACAACAGUGUUCAGCAGCAGUCGGCGAAGCGGUAGCAGGGUUUAAGAGUAGAUUAAAAACUCACCUUCCGGCGCACAUGAUCCCUAGUGCAUUUAUACCUGUGGAUGAAAUGCCUACUACGGUUAAUGGAAAAGUCGACCGGAAGCGUUUACGUGAACUUGGAAAGUCACUGAAUCGCCUCUAUCUGGCGUCCCUUGACUCCGAGAGCUUUUCGCUGAAGAGAUUGCCUCUAAGUCAAACCGAGAGAACAAUUCAAAGAGUAUGGGCGCAGGUAUUAAACUUCACUGGCCAAAUUGGGCUUGAUGACAGUUUUUUCAGCUUGGGAGGCGACUCCAUCUCUGCCAUGCAAGUAUGCACAGCAUUGAAACAGCACGGACUAACUAUCUCGUUGCGCAAUAUUAUGCAAAAGGACACCAUAUCGAAGCUUACAAGCUGCUUAGAAGAAGCUGAAUCGAGUAGCCUAAUACCGAUAUCCAGAAAGGAACCUGGGUCCCGGUUCAGUUUAUCACCUAUCCAGCAAUUCCACUUUGACACAAGGCCCUCCGGCCCCGACCUGCUAGAUCUACCCUUCUAUUUGCGUCUUGCCAAGUAUACUUCGUCACAGAUGCUUAGGAAUACCCUCGAAGAAAUUGUUAAACGGCACCCAAUGCUACGGACACGCUUCUCCAGUGAUUCCAUGGGAAAAAUGACACAGUAUAUUUCUCAAGAUGUCGGAGGUUCGUUACAUUUUGAGUGUUACCACGGAACCGACGAUAUGCAGAAGAAAGCUCUUAUUUCAAGGUGCCGAGCAGCGAUCAACAUCGAGCGUGGCCCCUUGUUUGUGGCAGCUCUUUUUGAAGAUGUUGGUCAACAGACUUUAUUCAUUACAGCCCACCACCUUGUGAUUGAUUUCGUUUCGUGGCGAAUCAUUUUCGAAGAUAUUGAGAACUUAUUAUCACUUCAACCAUUGACCACUCCGAGCUCAAUCUCAUUUAUGGAAUGGUGCCUCUUGCAGAAUAAAUAUGCACUCACCCACUUAGAGCCGAGCGUUGUGUUGCAUUCCAUGCCCAAGUAUCCAUCUUUAGACUACUGGGGUUUAAAGGACCAACAGAAUGGCAAGGAGAUCUAUGCUAGAAGACAGUUCUUCCUGGAUACCCAAACAAGCAAAGCAAUUAUAGGUUCUUGUAGCGAUAAACUACAAGUUAGGCCGCAUGAAUUGAUGAUGGCUGCCCUAAGCUACUCGUUUACACAAGUUUUCCAAGAUAGAGAUCUUCCUCCCAUCUUUACCGAAGGUCAUGGACGGUUUGGCUGGGGGGACGAAAACCUCGAUGUAUCGCAAACGGUAGGAUGGUUCACCAUAAUAUUUCCUGUCCCAUUAGAUAUGCGAGAAGGAGAUGAGCUACUUGAUUUCAUCAUCAAAACGAAGGAAAGCAUGCGGGGCAUUCCUUGCUGUGGGUGGUCCUACUUCUCUUCCAAAUACUUGAAUCCUAGAGGGAGACAGGCUUUCUAUAAUGACCCUAUCGAAAUCAACUUCAACUUCCUGGGGCAUUUUCAGCAACUUGAGAGGGAAUCCUCCCUGAUAGAAGCCAUCCCUCUUCCAAGUGAUUGCAAGCCUGCCGAGAUGCCUUCAAUCAACACCGUAGGGGUGUUUGACAUUACCAUAAUCAUCGAAAGAGGUCAAAUAGAAGUGGACUUCAAGUAUAACAACGAAGUCAAGCAUGGUGAUAGGGUAGUAAAGUGGAUUGAAACUUAUCAAAGUUCAAUACUGGAUAUCGUGAAAGACAUGGGAUAA